UUUACGCAUUUUGUCAGAUUUAUGUCAGUUUUUAAUAUUUUGGCUUUAAAUCUGUUGCGUAACGUUGAUUGUAUGCGGAUAAGGUGGACAAACACAGGUUAAGAUUCGAUUUUCUGUCAUUGAUUUGGCAUCUGAAUUGGCCUCUCUGCGGAUUAUUUUGAAGCGCAUACAUAUAUUCGUUAUAUAGCAUUGGCAUUCAAGGUUUUCUAUAUUAUUCAAGAAAAUACGCAGCCACAGAAGACUUAUUUUAGAGGUGAUUCAAUUUUGAAAAUGGGUCAAAAAGCUGCCAAGUUAAAUCCUGCUGUGUUAAAAGACUUGUACACGAGCACUUACUUUUCCGAGGUCGAAAUAAAGGAAUGGUAUGCCUGCUUUCGUAAAGAAUGUCCAACUGGUUACCUCACCAGAACAGAGUUUGUAGCACUUUACAAGAAAAUGUUUGUGGCAGGAGAUUGCUCACAAUUUGCAGAACAAGCUUUCAGGACCUAUGAUCGUGACGGUAGCGGUAAAAUCGACUUUCGCGAAUUCAUGUGCGCGUUGUCACUCAUGUCACGUGGUACGGUGGACGAGAAACUAACGUGGGCAUUCAGUAUGUAUGACGUAGACGGGGAUGGUGAAAUUACGAGAGUUGAAAUGAGAAACAUGAUUCGAUCCGUAUAUCUGCUCGUCGGCGAGGAUAUCAUGUACACCAUAUUACCAGAACAACUAACUCCCCAGCAAAGAGCAGAUCGCAUCUUUUCUAGAAUGGAUAAAGACGGAGAUGAACAAGUUACACUGAAAGAGUUUCAAAUAGCUGCUCGUUUGGAGCCUAGUUUAGUUAUGUUGCUUCAGAUUGGUGAUUAGAUUGUUAAUUUUUUAAAAACUAUAACUCUCACUAUUUGGCUUUAUUAUAAAAUUGUUUCAGUCUGGUUAUAUAGUAGGGUAGGGGAAGAUGGGACACAUAUUUAUUCUAAUUUCUUGUCCCAUUUGGCAGUAAACAAAAGACAUUUCAAGAAUUAGGAAACCGUACUCUUACGACUCCUAUAGACCGUUGUUAAUUGUUUAAAACAUGAUAAGCUUAUUUGGAUAUCAUGUACUGAAGGUGUCCCGUCUUUCCCAAACUACUAUUUUAACCAGUUAUUGUAAUUUUCGAAUGCAGAAAAGUACGGUUUUUGAUACUGUUUGUACAUUUGCUUUACCAUUUCGUCGGAUGUGUUACUUGUACAAUACGCCAUAAUGUCAUUUUAAUAAAAUAAGCCG